GUUUGGCAGGGUGGACUCAAGUCAUGGAACAUUUCGGUGACAAGCCGUCCAUUCUGGUAGAGGCAGAUCCUGAGACAGCUCGUGUGUGCGCCAAGCAGCUAGGGGUUGCGUCUCCGUGGAAUGGACAAUCCGACCAGGUGAAGCACGUGCAAGAGGUGUUAGCCGCUAGGAUUCAUAUGUCCAAGUAUGAAACAUGCAAAGAUGGUGAAUUCUGGAUGUUGAGUGAAUGUAACAAAGAACCCAGUGCCAAGAAAGCCAAGCGUGACCAAGAUGUUGAGCCCACAGUGCCCUUCACUGUGGAGGAAGCAGACCCAACCAUUGUGUUUGAACCGGUGUACAAAGAUGUGGUGUGCAGUGAAAAGUCCCUGAACUUGCAGAUCAAGGUACAAGCAGAUGUCACAUGGUCGGUCCGAACCACCAUUGCAUAUGUUGCAUGUGAGUUAGGAUGCAAUCCUGAUGCCGUGAUGCUGUCACAUAAGAACAUCAUGAUGCCAGACAAUGCAUUCCUUGCAGAAUAUGACACUGUUGACUUUGACAUGAAGUUUAAAGCGUGUUUGCCUGCGUACGUUUCAUGGGAACCAAAAGGGAAACAAGUCAAGGAUCAGGGUUUUGUGCCGUCUGCCAGGGACGUGAGGUGGUGUGCCAGACACCCGAACAGGAAGGUGGUACGAACAUGUGCUGCCGAUGCUUUGAUGACGGUUGGAGCCAUGAUGAAAGCACUUUUUCCUGAUUUACAUGCCAACACGCCAUGGAAUGUUUUCAGCAAGGGGUGUGAAUGCACAGCUGAUGCGCAUGUCAAUGGGUUUGAUGACCUUCAGAUCCAAUGGAAUGGGGCAAGACCGUUACCUGUCACUGAUGUUAACAAGGUGCGCUGGACCCAAGAGAUCGACACCCCGUCGGUGCAAGCCAGAAUCAAUGAGGAGUACAAAAUUCUGAUUGUCAGGUCUCCGUUUCGCAUACGGCCUCAGGAUUUGAAAUGUCCAAUGCAAAUGACAAUCGCUGAGAUGGCAGCCAGCUAUCUCAACAUGUCCAGGGUUAUGUCAAGCAUGGUUGUCUCUCAAAACGGCCAAGUGGUUGACCCUAUGCUCAAGGCGAGUGAGGUCAAUGAAGACUGGGUGCUUGACAUUCGAGUUUGCCCGAUGCUUGGAGGUGGAAAGCAAGAAAAGAUUGAGGCAGUAAAGAACAAAUUGAAAGUCAUGCUUGCGGAAAGAGGAGUUCCAUCAGACAAGAUGGAAGAAAGGGUGACUGGUUUGAUGUCGAAAGUGCAACAUGACAAGCUCCAGAACCUGGGUGAUCCACAAGUUCCGGGGACGUGGAAUGAGUUGAAAGAGUUGGCAAGUGCUGCUCAAUUCCGGUUGAUCACGCCUGCUGAGCUCAAGGUGGAUCCUGCACACUUUCAGGCAGAAGGUCAUCAGGUGCAGAUGUUGGAAGUAGGAAGAUUUGGACCUGAUCAAGCAGGUUUAUGUAUCGUGACUCCUGAUGAGGCAAGACGGUGCAUGCAGAUGGGAGCACGGUCUGCCGACCCUUUGGCGCUGUUGGUGAUUGGGGAAGGGGUUCAGAGCAUUGGAAGCACUUUUUCAUUGCCUGCUCACUUGUCAAACGGUUCACCAGUCAUUGUGAAGGCAUGUUUGCUUCAAUUUGGGGAUGUGCAGAUUGAUUUUCAACUACAACUCCCUAUGGCCGAAGUCACACGGAUGGAAUCUACGGUCAUUGAGUUUGGAAUUCACAAGAAGUUUGUAGGUAACUGGCAAGAUACGGCAGUGCCACUUCACUAUGUUGGUGUCCAUGUACCAGCGUUGCGAGGGAACAAUUUAUUGGCAGUGUGGAGUGUCAAAGCAUGGGCCAAUAGCAAAGUGGUCCACCACAACCAGGCUGACCAUUGGCAUGGAUACUUCAGAAUUGCUGAUAGCUUGUUGCAGCAGGUCCUGAGCAGAAGUGGAUCGGUGGGUAUUUUCAUGAAUCCCAAAACUGCUGACCGCAAACAUGAUCCACGAUUUACAAUGGUGAAUUUGCCGAACAAACAACUGCAGGAUGUUGCGUUGAAAGCAGAUACAUGUCAGAAGGCGCUAGGCAUUGUGAAGAUUGGUGAUGGGUUUGCGAUCAGAUGCAAAAGAGAGGAUGCUGCCAGUGUCCGAGCGCAAUUGCUGCCUGACUCUGCCUACGUAGAAACUGCAGCCUUCACAAGUGACCAAGUCCUUUUUGUAGCAAAGAAUGUGCCGCAGGUUGGAAGAGAGGAAUUGACCGAAGCAUUGCAAAAGACUGGAUGGGAUGCUACUGCUGUCAGACCGCAAGGUAUGAACAGGUGGAUCCUGGCUGCUAAGGGGGAACCUAAUAGCAGCCAUGUGGUGAUCAAUGGCGCCAUCAUGAUGGUAGAACGUUUGCAAAGACCCACCGACAGUGUGCCAAUCACCAUGGUAGCAAGAGAAGUAAGAGUGAAUACCACCAAUGAAAAUGACAUUGUCUCCACGACUUCCAGGUUUGCUGAGUUCAGAGCGCAGGUGGAAGCCCAGAUUUCCCAAGCAGUUGAGACAAAGUUGCAAGUUGCCAACAGCAAGAUCGAACAGUUGUCCCAAGCACUGCAUGAUGUUCAGACCAAAACGGAGUCUGCCCACACGAGCUUAGCCAAUGACUUGGGACACGUACGUGAAGAACAGGCAUUCACUCAGAAGAAACUUGCAGAAGUAGAAACGUCAGUGGCAGCCAGCAGCCACCAAAUCAUUGCGCAGAUGCAAUCCAUGUUUUCCAAGAUGCAGACCAACAUGGAACAGACUGUUCAAUCCCUGGUCAAUGACCCAGAGAAGCGUCAGAGGACUGAGCCGGCCAAAGCUGACCCAUUUGUUGGGACCGACGUUGUCGAUGUGAUGUUUGCGGCAACUUUGAAUGCGAAGCCAUUUUUUGAUGAGAUGUACAGUUUGCAUAAGCAGGCAUCUCAUCCUGGUCCAAUGGUCAUCCGAACCUUCAACCCAGCCCAAUUGCUAGGUCAGGAUGCGAUGUUGGUUGAUGUUGAUGAUGAAUGCUUGUUCUUGGAUAGGAUAAUCACCGUCCCUUGUCAGUCCGUCCAAUCACCAUCGUCAGUGUCCUAUACCGUUUAUGGAGUAGGCAUGUUGAAAGGGUUGAGACGCUUGGUGGAAAUUGCCGGCCAGAUUGGCCAAGAACAACCCAGCAGUUGUGGGGUGUCCGCUGCAGUCAAACAUGUCUACACCGAUGGAUCUGCUUUUUUCAAUGAACAUUGGGAUUGCUGCCUUGCGGGAGCAGCGGUCAUCGAAUGGAAUGAGGGCGAGAUGGUUGAAAGGAAGAGACAGAUCUUGCCUUACCAAGAUCACA